ACCACAGAGAAACAAUCCGCGAGGAAGACGAACACCAUGCAUCAUAAGCAAGAUGUGUCCCUAUAAGUGAUUGUUUACAGGUUUACUGUGUUACAUUUAUGACAGAACUAAGACUGCAAUGGAGGAUGCCACAACCCCUGGAAGAAAAGGCAACUUAACAGGAAGUGCCAGAAAACUGAAGGAUAACGCAGCAGACUGGCAUAAUUUAAUCCUGAAAUGGGAUCGUCUGUGUGACGAAGGAUCUACCAUCGCAACCAAAAUAGUCAACUUCAGACUGAGCAAAGACAGGUCUGUGAAGGAACCUGAGGUUAUGAUGGAGGGCCAGAUUUCAGCUGCUGCAGAAAGAAGUGCAUUUUAUAGCAACCCAGAGCUAGAGGAGGAAUGCACCAAACUACAGAAUGUUGUAGACAAAAUGGCCCACAUUCUGUCUAAAAUGGAAAGAAUGGUGUCUGUUGAGAAGGGGAUAUGUGAACUGGAGACCUUUCAGUAUGGAGAGAAAGGAAGACCAAAACCACUGUUUCACACUUGGUUUACAAAUCAUUUUGCUGAAGUGUCUUCUGAGCUUUAUGAGGCUUACAAGCAGGAGCUGGCCCUUAAGAGCACCAUAUUACGGGAAGUGGCCCACACAACAAACUCAGAUCUCUGCAUGGUGUAUCUGUCCUGUUGGCUCUAUCAACCCUACAUCCAGGAUAACACCAAACUUGUCCUAGAGAGCUUACUGAUGGAGACUGGCUACAGAGCUGUCUAAUUUAUUUUAUUUGAUUUCUGAUUCAAUGAAACAUGCCAGUCAAUGGUCAUACAGUGGUCAAUGUAAUAGUAAAAUAAUGUCUACCAUUUAUACAGUUUCUUGGUUAUGGUAUAAGCAUUUUCUAAUAUUAAAAUGUGUUUUUUGAAAUGUCAGAAAGAGAGACAUACAGACAGACAGUAUUUCAUACCUGCAAACUAGUUGCUUUUCGGCGAAAUUCGCCGUUCUUAAUCAAAACCUUUCGAACCUUGUCACCUUUUUCACCUCUUGUGAGUUUGCAGGUAUGGUAUUUUAUUUGACACAAUAUUGCAUACUUUUAGAUUUGUACUCAAACGAUUCACAUGUAGUUAAUAAUAAUAACAAACCUAUAGUAGUAUAGUGUUUUAUAAUUUACACAAUUACACAAAUUAGACAAUUGACAGCAAAUUACAAGACUUUAGCACAUUGUUUUUAUGAUGUUACUCAUGUGUCAGCAAUCUUUAAGGUGUUUUCCUAAAUAAAUAAAUGAACAAUC